AUGGCGUACUGGAUGAUGGAUGAGCGGUCGCCAGUUACCCAGGACCAAGCAAAGCAAAGCCAAGGCCAUCCGCCGGUCGGCAACGAUCUCGAUGCGAACUGCUUUCACGUGGCCGCGCUGGACGAUCGGCCUUCAGGGGUCCCACGGCCUGCGAACUGCCGCAAGUAUGUCUUCUUCUCAUGGGCGCUUCUCCUUGCAGACCUGGAAAGUCUGAAGGCCUUGGAGAUCCUGUAA